AGGACAGUUCCGUAUCAUCGCCUAACCAUUCCCCAUGACCCUCCAGUAACCCCAAAGGCCAACGGAUCCCUCAACUCUCCACAAAAUAAUCAUACCCAAGUCAAGGAAACUUUUGACAAAGUUAAUAUACUCGCUAGCAAGUUCCACCAUGAGACUCGGCGGUCUACAACAGGAAGAAAUCCAACCCGAGCCUAGCAGCAACGCGGGUAGCAAUGAUGAAGAAGAAGAUCUCGUCUUGGAGCAAGCAGAAGAACAUGCCUAUCCUUUAGUGGAUGGCGAGACCAUGAACGCCCCUCUCCCGUUUGCGGAACCCAGCAAGCCCGAAUACCGAGAUCCUCUCACGGGUCGAGUUGCUUUUGUGGCUUCUUCCCGACAUGGUAUGCUUCACAAUGAUGAUCGGGUCACCUUUUAUGCACAAGGAAUUACAGGACUCUUUCACCAACGAGCCUACUUUGUCGCCCAACGACACUGGAGAGGUGGAUAUGCCAUCUUUAAUGUCUACAAUGACAACUCUCCUGCCACCUUGCAAAAGCACUUUUCUACCGCGGAUCCACGCUAUGUUGGAAAACUGAAACGAGUGGGAACUCAUCAUGGCCAUGUACGAUAUAUUCUUCUUCGGAAGCAGACUGGUACAACCGUGCCAGUCUCCACAACAAUCUACAAGACAGCAUCUCUCUCCUAUCCCGUGGUCAAUGGAUGUCCGGAUCGCAUUGCCUACUCGGUUCUUCACAAGAACGACAACCAACCUCGAUCCCUCGCGACAAAGGCACGGGAUCACGAAGAUUUUCACAAACACGUGGAGGAUCACCCCGAAGACACACUCUUUCAGAGCAAACGACGCUUCACCGACCCACAAGGGCGCAAACUCUACCUGGAUGUCCAAUCCUUUCGACAAAAGUUUGGUGGGCGCUCCCUCUUGUCGUCCAAAAAGAAUAUGCAGCUCAUGAAUGUAUCGUCGGGCAAGACGAUCCUUCAAAUGGGACGCCAACACCACUGGCAAGAGGGGGAUUUCUCGGUGGACUUUUUGCCUCCCUACACUCCCUUUGUGGCGUUUGGCUUUUGCUUGGCACAACUGGCUGUUCACUAGAUAGCUAGCCAGCAAGAUGAGCUUGUUAGAAAGAAGAAACAAGAGUAACCGCAUUCUGUACAAGCCUGCAAUGGGCUCGUGCUGUCCAAGAAUGCUACCGAGGUGCGCAAGAUAGUUUGUUUAGCUAAUGAAAUACUAGAAGUAAGAAUAGAAUUCCCAACAGCGGAGACAAGCACUCGCUAGCUACGGGUACCAGUACGCAAACAGUGAUGUAGUAGUCUUUGUGAAGGUACGGGA